AUGCCCAAGCGGCGCGCGGAGCCGCUGAUGUGUCACGUGCCCGUGAAGCGGCUCCUGCGCGCGCCGCCCGUGCCGCGCGCGGCCGAGCGGCGGCCCCGGGUCGAGGCGGCGCGCGCCGGCCCCGCCGCCCCGAAGCGGCCGCUGGAGGAGGCGGAGGCGCCGCCGGGGAAGCGGCCCGGGCCCAGCGCCGCCAGGGCCCCGCCGGGGCAGGGGGGCAGCGAGGGGCGGCGGCGCGGCCAGCCCGCGGCGCCACAGGACGAGCGGGCGGCGGAAGGAUGCGCCGGUGGCCGGGGCGAAGAGCGGGCCUCCGCCGCCGCCGAGCAAGAAGAAGAAUUCUGUCCGUAUAACUCAUUCCUGUAUUGGAGAACACCGCUGCCCACUAUUGAUUUGUCUGAUAUUCAGAACCUAGUUGAGGAGACUCCAUCAAACGUUAGAAAUCCUUCGAAGACUGAUACCACAGACACUGAAAUGGAAACCUGAGCAGUUGUUUCAUAGCUGUACAUCUACUUACUGGAAACUUGUUUCCAGUGGGAUUCAGGUUUUGUUACUUGGCUGAAUAAUAAGCAUGCUUAUGUGGUAUUGAAGAAACUGUUGUGGCAGUCUGCAAAAGCAAAUCUGAGUUGCCUAAGUGAAAGGGAUAAUCGGCAUUAGGUACUCCUUAGUAAGCUCUCUGGAGAUGUGCAGUAUAUGGAGGAGGCUACGAUGCCUAACAAGAAUACUUGAAAACAGGGAAGAAGACUAAAAGAAGAAUACAGAAAGUUAGAACUUUGGGGUGCAUUUGAAAGAAACAAAUGGAUAUUUUACAUGUCAAAGGAAAUGGAAAAUCAUUUUAUCUGUCCUGAACAAAAAGACAUAACUGUGGUACCUGAAAGUGAAGUAUUUAACAUGUGAAUUUAUCAUAAAGCACGUGAACUGUAGUGAUUUUUUUUCUGUGUAAUAGCUAAACCAAAAAAUAAGACUCUGUCAAGACUAGACAAAACAUUCCCUUUUCUGUGCAAACCAAAAAUUUGUGUGGCAGAGAGGGGGAAGGAAAAGGGGAUAUUUUCUUCUGUAAGCUGCCAUUCUUCUGAAAGUUUUUCACAUUCUCAUUGUGGAAAAGUUUUUUCACUUUCUUUCUUUAACAUUAUGCAUAAUAGUUGGCACCCAUCUUUUAGGGUUCUGGUCCAUUCUUGGAUUACUGCUAUUCUUAGUCCUUGUGACAUUAGCUCUGAAACAGUUGGUAGCAUCUAAAUGGCAGGUUUGUGCAGGUGUGUCAAACAAAGUUAAUGCAAUAUUAAAUUACCGCAUACACUUUUUCAGACUUUACUGACUGAGGUGUAGUUUUUGCAGAGACUAUGAAUUUUUGCAGAAAAUUUUUACUGAAGUUCAUAGAAUUAGUGUUUUUUGCUGUGAAAUAUGAACUUAAUGCUUGUGAUUUGCAAUUUAUUUACGAACUGAAGUACAAUUAGAAAUACGUGUCUUUAAUAUAAUAGACCGAAGUUGUAUGGCAAGACUGUUACAUUUUGCAAAUCUGAUAUGUCUUUGAGGAUAGAAAACAUUGUAUUUUUUCUGGAAUCAUCAUUAAAGAAGGCAACUUUUGAAUUUUAUUUUUUUUUUAUAAUGUAUUUGCUAAAGGACAAUAAAGUUUUACCUGCAUGUGUUUGAAAACU